AUGGCAGCGCCGAUCGGAAUAACUAGACACAACGGCACUCCGCCCUCACCUCUACCCAUCGUAGUAGCAGGCGGCGGUUGCGUGGGCCUCCUCCUCGCGCAUCUUCUCACACAGUCAAGCGUACCCAAUCGUGUGAUCGCAAGUAUUGCCCUCUUCCAUCAAAAUAUCCCUACUAACCCAUCACUUCCAAAGGUCAUCGAACCCGAGCAUCCUGAUCCAGCCUCCACCCGCGCAAUGGUUCAUCAACCCCUCAUGUUCCCACUUUUCGCACGCAUAGGCCUCAUGCCUGAACUUUCUCGCCACGGCAGCUUCUCCUCCGGUCUCUGCUUCCGCACCAGUGCUAAGAACGGAUCGAAGUUCAUCGCAGGCAAGCAAUUUAGAGAGGGCGAUAAAUCACAAUUGCUGCUUCCGCAGGGCAAAUUUAAGGAAAUUUUGAUGUGGAAAAUGGAGGAGGUGGGACAUUCAGAAGUACGACUAGGCUCACGCGUCGUGGGAUUCGAGGAAAAGUCGGGCAGCAUCGAGGUCCGGAUCCAUCAUGAAGGAGGGAAAGAGGAGACUAUAGAAGCCGAAUACCUCAUCGGAGCAGACGGCGCAAAGUCUACCAUCCGGAAAACACUAGGCCUCACAUUCGACGGCGAAACUCUUCCCAACCAACUCGUCGCGACUGACAUAAUAUAUGAUUUCCACGCCCACGGCUUCUUCGAUGCCAACUUUAUCGUAGACCCUGAUAAUUACGGGCUCAUUGGGCGCAUAGACGAUAAGGGGCUGUGGAGAGUAAGCUACGGUGUUCCGAACGAGUUUUCAGAGGAAGAGGUUCGCAGAGAUGCAGAGGACAAGUUAAGAAAGAUGCUGCCGGACGGUGGAAAGAGCGGGUUCGAAGUGAAGAGGAUAGCGCCGUAUAAAGCGCAGCAGCUAUGCGUGGAAAAGUUUUGGACGGGUAGGGUAGGGCUAUGUGGGGAUGCAGCACAUCUAACAAACCCCUACGCCGGCCUGGGUCUUGCGUCCGGCAUCGCAGAUGCGUCCUCCCUCGCCGAAGUUCUCAUCCGUGUUCUCAGUCAUCAAUCCUCUAAUCCUCACAAACUACUUUCUUCGUGGUCUGAUGCACGACGGCAGAAGUUCUACACGGUGAUAGACAAGCCUUCGCGCAUGGCGUACGCGAGGGUGAAGAAUAAGGUGGAUACGGAGGAUGAGAUUGUGGCGCUGUUGGCGAGGGAUCCGAUGGUGGGCGCAUUGAAGAAGGGGAUGCCUGCGAUUCCGCCGCCUAUUGAGACGAGGGGGGAGGAGUUGGUGGGGUGGUGA